UCCACACCCCUCUCUGUGCUUAUAGCCUCCAUGGCUCCGAAAAAGCCAGAGCCCAAGAAGGAUGAUGCCAAGGCAGCUGCUAAGGCGGCUCCAGCUCCUGCACCUGCGCCCGCACCUGCACCUGAACCCAAGGAACCUGAGUUUGAUGCCUCCAAGAUCAAGAUCGAAUUUACACCGGAGCAGAUUGAAGAGUUCAAGGAAGCCUUCAUGCUGUUUGACCGUACACCCAAGUGUGAGAUGAAGAUCACGUACGGGCAGUGUGGGGAUGUCCUGCGGGCACUGGGCCAGAACCCCACGCAGGCCGAGGUGCUCCGUGUCCUGGGGAAGCCAAAGCAGGAAGAGCUUAACUCCAAGAUGAUGGACUUUGACACGUUCCUGCCCAUGCUCCAGCACAUCUCCAAGAACAAGGACACGGGCACCUAUGAGGACUUUGUGGAAGGGCUGCGCGUCUUCGACAAGGAGGGCAAUGGCACGGUCAUGGGUGCUGAGCUCCGCCACGUGCUGGCCACACUGGGUGAGAGGCUGACAGAAGACGAGGUAGAGAAGUUGAUGGCUGGGCAAGAGGACUCCAAUGGCUGCAUCAACUAUGAAGCAUUUGUCAAGCACAUCAUGGCCAGCUGAACCUCUCACCCCAGGGAGCCCAGGGGAGGCCAUGCUGGGGACAGUUCAUCUCCCAUGGGUGAUGCGGACACCAGUGGCCUGGCGUUGUGGGAUGGAGGGGAGCACACCAAGACUC